AGUUUACUGACCGCUACAACGUGUUUUUAUCGCUGGCUGUCCAGACGGAAGGUGCUGAAACGCUUUGUCGCGUGUCUGGAAGAAGUGAAAACUUUCCUGGGCAGCAAAGGGCUCACCUUUCCUGAGCUGGAACAGCCAGAGUGGCUGGAAAAGCUACACUUCAUGGUAGACAUGACAGCGCACCUGAACACGCUGAACACAGCUCUUCAGGGGAAAGGACGUACAGCCCUGCACAUGUUGGAGGAUGUUUUGGCAUUCGAGCGCAAGUUGACAGUGCUUGCCAGAGAUUUACAGAAAGGCACUUUGUCUCACUUCCCCAAUUUGAGAGAGUUCAAACAAGGUCACGACAUGAUAAUUUCGGAGUAUUUACAUUCUGCAAUCAUCGCAAUGCAAACAUCGUUUGGGAAACGCUUCUGUGAGUUCAGAGAGGAAAAAAACACAUUAUCCUUCCCGGUCACUCCCUUAAGCAUCGAUCCUUCCCUACUGAAUACGACUGCAUUGGCAGGUGUGAGUCAACCUGAUCUUGAGAUGGAACUGGCCGACAUAGCCGACAAAGACAUAUGGGUGUCCAAGUUUAGACGCUUGACAGCAGACCUUGAAGAUGUUGCCCGUCAGAAGGCCGUUCUUGCUCAGAAACACAAAUGGAGUGAUAUUGAAAACCUCACAGAUGACAGCUUGCAAUCCUGUGUAAAGAUGAAGGUGACAUCAUACAGCCCUGAUGUGCAGACGCUGUGCGCUGAGGUCCAGGAGCAGAAAUCCCAUUAACCAAGAUGACAGCUGGCUGACGUUAUUUUUGGUUUGCUGCUGGCGGAAAAUUUAAGUUCGGCGUUUUUCAUAAAUACAAGAAGGACUCAAAUAGACAUUGAAUAUUUUACUUAAAAGUAACUUUCAACCCAACGUCUUUUUUUCGGAGUUCAAAAUGUUUUUGUUGCAUGCAGAAAUGUAAUUUCGUUUUCUCUGCAGGA